AUGUCGACGCCAGCCACGAACAGAAAAGUAAAGUUCAUCGCCGCUGAUCCAUCUCGCGGCGGUCUGCCUUUGAAGCGCAAGCAGGUUCAGCACGCGUGCGAGUCUUGUCGCCGUAAAAAGCGGAGAUGCAUCCAUGCAGACGACGCGGCCGAGGAGCCGUCACCAGAAGAGAGUCGCGGUGUUGAUUCCUCGCCCUCACACGCCUCGUCUGCCAAUCCCGCCCGCAGUGUCACACCAGUGAGUCGUACCUCAUUACCGCCAGUCGCAAACGGCAUUCUAGGUCGCCAGCAGGAACACUUGUAUCUGCCGGCCAGCCGCGCCAAUGGCAAAUACCAGCGCCCAUACCACGAUGGAUCGUUUAGGACACGAUCUGCCCGCUUCGUUGGCGACCUGAACCCCGAGGGCAUGUUUAUCGAGGCCACGGCCUCCGUCUCCGCGCGAGAGUCCUCUCAAAAGGGCGACGUGGGGAUAUGGCUCCCUGCCGGCAGCAGUCAGUCGCAAUUCAUAACCUCUCGACCGCCUCCAAUAAUGGACAGGUUUUUACUUCCUUUCGUCAAAGAGCACUGUCUUUCAUGUUUGCCUCCCGAUGACGACUACGCAAAGCUCAAGACGACAUUUAUUCAAAAGAUUCACCCACUCUUCCCCGUUCUCCCUCUAUCAUCUCUCAAUGAAGUUACGAAUAAUCCCACAAGCAUCAUUCAACGCCAACUCGUCUGUCUAGCGGCUGGCAGCGACCCAGACAUGACUCAAUAUCUGCGACUGCAAAACCAAGGCGGCGCUUUAUUAUCGCCGCAGGAUUAUUCGCAAGCACUGUCCUCGUCUGUUCGAGCUAUUCUGGAGACCUCCCUCAUCACCGACAGAGUGGCGCAUAUUCAAGCCCUGGCGAUGCUCUCAUUUUAUGUUCAACCGACAUGCGCCGAGGAGGCCGAUUUGCCCGCACAAUUAGGUGGCAGAGCUAUACAUCACAUCCAGACUCUUGGACUUCACUUGCUGCGAUAUGACGCCCCUAAUUGCGAUGACUUGAACAAUUUAUUUUGCGCAGUCUGGGCGCUAGAUCGUAUUAAUGCCGCCAUGUAUGGCCGUCCUUGUUUGCUCCAUGAAAGAGACAUUGGUGCGGACCUGGACGCCUGCAUCCGGAAGCGACCGCCGUGCUUCAGACUUUUGUUGUCCGUCAUCCAAUGGCUUGACCAAGUUGUAGAGCUAUACCGGCCAGGCCCCAGCGAAGAAGCUUCCGGUAUUGAUAAGGUGGCCUACAUCGAUCUACCAGUCCUGGAAGCGAUGAUCGUGAAUGCAGAUGCGCUCAAGGUUUCUUCCUCUCUAAUCGGUAUGUACUUCCGUUCUCUCCCUCCCGUUCCAACCCUAACACUGCGGUCAGCUACCAUCGAAACGUUUUAUCACGCCGUCAUCAUCCUCUCCUGUCGACUUCCCCGGCCAGGCACCGCACCCGCCGCUUCCACACUUCCCCCACCUUCAGCCAACGCCCGUCGGUCUUUGGCAGCCGAAAGAAUUGCUUGUGCGGUUCCACGAGAUUGUUUAAGCCCGGCGCCCUUUGUUCCCUACGCUGUCUCGCUUGCCCUCAGCGUCGAAUAUCGAAAAAUGCGCCAUAGUCGACUGCCGAUGUUCCGUGCCAGGGCCAUGAGCUCGUUCAAGCGAAACUGCGAGCUGUUGCGGCGCUAUAGUAACCAUUUUUGGAACGCCAGUGUUGUGGCAGGGCUUGGAGAACGAGUUCUCAAGGAAAUGGAACGUGCAGCUACCACUCUAAACAAAGACCAUACGCCGCCCGUUGCUGCCUCAGAGUCGAGUUUACUUGGCAACACUCAGAGUAUGCCGACUGCAGGGAUUACAGAACUACCACUACACGACCCGGACGGCAUUAAUGCAGCUAUUGAUUCUGCCAUUGGGAUGGACAACACUGUUAAUUUCUCUCUGGUGGAUCCUGUGUCUGGCCAAGACGUUUUCGGCCACAUCGAUCCAAACUUCAAUCUUGAUGCUGUAGAGGACGCGCUAGAAGCGCACCUAGACAUCGGUCUGCCCUUUACCUGGGGUGAUUGGGGUCAUUACGCAACCUGA